UUCCCUGCUCCCGGAUCCAUCACCCAGGGGUCAUUCCCUGCUCCCAGCCCUCCCAUCCCGCUCCUCAUCCCGGGAUGGAGCCCUUGGCUCCCGUCGCCUUCCUGGCCCUGCUGGGGGUGGCUCUGGGACAUCCCGACCCCGCCCUGGAUCGGCACUGGGAGCUCUGGAAAAAAACCUACGGCAAGGAAUAUCGGCACCAGGAGGAGGAUUCGCUCCGUCGGGCGACCUGGGAGAAGAACCUGCGGCUGGUGACGCUCCACAACCUGGAGCAUUCCCUGGGAAUCCACUCCUACACCCUGGGAAUGAACCACCUGGGGGACAUGACCAGUGAGGAGGUGGCGGCCUCGCUGACGGGGCUGAGGGUGGCCCCUCAUCCCAGGGGGGUCUCGGCAUUCCCGCCCCGGCCCCUCGGGGACGUCCCGGAGGAGAUGGAUUGGCGGGAGAAGGGAUGUGUCACCGAGGUCAAGAACCAGGGCGCCUGUGGCUCCUGCUGGGCCUUCAGCGCGGUGGGAGCGCUGGAAGCGCAGGUGAAGCUGAAAACCGGGAAUUUGGUGUCCCUGAGCGCCCAGAACCUGGUGGAUUGCUCCGGGAUGUACGGGAACAAGGGCUGCUCGGGGGGCUUCAUGACCGAGGCCUUCCAGUACAUCAUCGACAACCACGGCAUCGAGUCCGAGCAGUCCUACCCCUACACGGCCCAGAACGGGACGUGCCGCUACAACGCCUCAGCCAGCGCCGCCUCCUGCUCCCGCUACGUGGAGCUGCCCUCGGGGGACGAGGCCGCCCUCAGGGACGCCGUGGCCACUGCCGGGCCCGUGGCCGUGGCCAUCGACGCCACCCGGCCCACCUUCUUCCUGUACCACGCCG